AUGGAUUUUAUAGUAACAAGCAGCAACGACAGCAACGCCACCAGUAACUACCCUGCCGGGGUGGACGUGGUUGCCGACUGGGACACGGGUGAGAAUGGCACGGAGACUGGGUCUCUGCCAGAACUGCUGCUGAGUUACCAGAUUAUUACCUCUCUGCUCCUGGGGGCCCUCAUCCUCUGCUCCAUAUUUGGCAAUGCAUGCGUCGUGGCCGCCAUCGCCCUGGAGAGAUCUCUCCAGAAUGUGGCUAACUAUCUCAUCGGAUCUCUGGCCGUAACAGACCUCAUGGUAUCGGUGCUGGUUCUGCCAAUGGCGGCCCUCUACCAGGUUUUGAACAAGUGGACCCUGGGGCAGGAGAUCUGUGAUUUAUUCAUCUCUCUGGAUGUACUGUGUUGCACAUCAUCCAUCCUGCAUCUGUGCGCAAUUGCCUUGGACAGGUACUGGGCCAUAACAGAUCCCAUUGACUAUGUAAAUAAACGGACGCCAAGGCGAGCUGCAAUCUUGAUUAGCGUGACUUGGCUAAUUGGUUUCUCCAUCUCUAUUCCGCCUAUGUUAGGCUGGAGAAGCGCCGAAGACAGAGCGAAAACUGACGCCUGCAUGAUCAGCCAGGAUCCGGGCUACACCAUCUACUCCACAUUUGGGGCUUUCUACAUCCCUCUUAUUCUCAUGUUGGUCUUGUACGGGCGAAUAUUUAAGGCUGCACGGUUUCGGAUACGAAAAACGGUCAAGAAAACACAGACAGCAAAAGCAUCAGAGAAGUGUUUGACUGUGUCUCCGGCGAUCUUCCAUAAGAAAACAAACGGGGAGUCCAAACCCAGCUCUCCGUGCGUAAACGGCGCAGUGAAGCAUGGAGAGGAGGGCGAGUCACUGGAGAUCAUAGAAGUUAUCAGCAACUCAAAGACCCACCUGCCUCUUCCUAACACCCCACAGUCAUCGCAUGGCUACGAAAACAUGAAUGAUAAAAACUCGGGAGCAAAGAGAAAGAUUGCGCUGGCCAGGGAACGCAAAACGGUUAAAACACUGGGCAUCAUCAUGGGAACUUUCAUCUUCUGCUGGCUGCCCUUUUUCAUCGUCGCAUUGGUGCUGCCUUUCUGUGCAGAGAGCUGCUACAUGCCCGAGUGGCUGGCCGCAGUCAUAAAUUGGCUGGGUUAUUCCAACUCUCUCCUCAACCCCAUCAUAUAUGCCUACUUCAACAAAGACUUCCAAAGUGCUUUCAAGAAGAUUAUAAAAUGCAAAUUUCACAGACCUUAA